CCAAGGACAAGAGAGCAUCAGCAGUGAGAGGGAAAAGAAGAGAGAGAAAGGUGCCUCCUCUCGCCAUUGCGAUAAUUGUCUCGCUGUUGAAUCGAUGUCGGUGCAAAUGCUGCUCUAAGGGGAGGCGAUAGGAGUGGAGGAGAAGCGGGGGGAUUUAACUUCACACACGGACAAAACCUAUGCUUGGAUUUCGGCUCUUUUUCCCUUCGCCAAUGCAAAAGGAAAUAUGCAGCGAAGCUUCACCAUCCUCUACACCAGUUUACUGGGGAUGUGCUUGGGUUCAAGCUCAAGUUUUCCAAGUAACAUCAAUAUAGGAGGAUUGUUCCCAAGCGGAUCGCACGAAUAUGAGGUUUUUCGGUUCGCCCUCUCUCACCACCAGGACAUCCCCAAACUGGUGCCGCAGGUGGAUAUGGUCAUGAUGGGGAACAGCUUCUCCAUGACAUAUGCCUUUUGCUCCCAGUUCUCCAAAGGUGUGUAUGCCAUCAUUGGCCUCUAUGACAGGAAGACAGUCAACAUGCUCAUGUCCUUCUGUGGAGCGCUGCAUGUCUGCUUUGUGACACCAUCCUUCCCCAUUGAAACAGCCAACCAAUUUGUGAUCCAGCUCAGGCCCGAGCUCCAGGAUGCGCUGGUGGGAGUUAUCGAACACUAUGGAUGGUCCAAGUUUGUCUACAUGUACAGUUCCAACUCAGGUCUGUCUGUGCUGCAGAAGGUUCUUGACACGGCAGCAGAGAGGAAUUGGCUGGUGACCUCAGUCAAUGUGGAGACCAUAUCGAGUAAUGCCUUUGCGAAGGUGUUCCAGGAUUUGGACAAGCGAAAGGAGGGCCAGAUUAUCAUUGACUGUGAGACAGAGAGACUCAACAACAUACUGCAAAUGAUUGUAGAUCAAGGAAAGAAUGCAAAGAGCUACCACUAUAUUCUGGCUAAUCUGGGUUUUCUGGACAUCGAUCUGACAGAUCUGAGGAAAGGCGGGGCAAACAUAACCGGCUUUCAGCUCGUCAACAACUCAGAGCCGAGUGUGAGCCGCAUCGUCCAGCAGUGGAUGGAGUUUGAUAAUAAGGACUCCAAAGUGCCCAAGCCUGGACUCAAAUACACAGGUGCUCUAACAUAUGACGGGGUGAAAGUCAUGUCCACAGCCUUUCAGAAUUUAAGGAGACAGAGGAUAGACAUAUCUCGCAGGGGCAACGCUGGAGAAUGCCUAGCCAACCCACCAGCUCCCUGGGGACAGGGCAUAGACAUCCAGAGAGCCCUGCAGCAGGUCCGUAUAGAUGGAUUGACUGGUCACAUUCAGUUUAAUGAGAAAGGCCGCAGAACCAACUACACUGUUAGUGUCAUGGAACUGGCCCCCUCUGGACCCAAGAAGGUCGGCUACUGGAAUGAAGAUGAGAAGUACGUGACCACAGCCAGCCUGAGAGGGAGCAACGAGACUUACCCACUGCUGAACAGAACUUACAUAGUCACCACUAUCUUGGAGUCUCCAUACGUGAUGCUGAAGAAGAACCACGAACAGCUUGUGGGGAAUGAUAAGUACGAGGGCUACAUCGUGGAGCUGGCUGCAGAGAUAGCAAAGCAUGUGGGCUACCAGUACAAACUGAAGAUCGUCUCAGAUGGCAAGUACGGAGCCCGAGAUCCCGAAACCAAGAUGUGGAAUGGCAUGGUCGGAGAGCUGGUGUAUGGGAAAGCAGACGUGGCUGUGGCUCCGCUCACUAUCACCCUGGUCCGUGAAGAGGUGAUUGACUUCUCCAAGCCCUUCAUGUCUCUGGGUAUCUCUAUAAUGAUCAAGAAACCAACCAAAUCCAAGCCUGGCGUGUUUUCCUUCCUGGACCCGCUGGCUUACGAGAUCUGGAUGUGCAUUGUGUUUGCCUACAUUGGCGUCAGCGUCGUCCUCUUCCUGGUCAGUCGAUUCAGCCCGUAUGAGUGGCACGCCGAAGACUACGAGGAGGGAGCCGAGCCGCAGACUCCCACCCAAGCGGCGGCUUCCAAUGGGGUGCAGCAGGGCCAGACACCGACGCAGCAGAACACCACCCAGCAGAGUCCAGAACAAACCAAUGAAUUUGGCAUCUUCAAUUCCCUUUGGUUUUCACUUGGCGCCUUCAUGCAGCAAGGCUGUGAUAUUUCACCACGCUCUCUGUCAGGCCGCAUUGUUGGAGGCGUCUGGUGGUUCUUCACUCUCAUCAUCAUCUCAUCCUAUACUGCGAAUCUGGCUGCUUUCCUGACUGUGGAGAGGAUGGUGUCUCCUAUAGAGAGUGCCGAGGAUCUGGCCAAGCAGACAGAGAUUGCAUAUGGAACGCUGGACGCUGGCUCCACCAAAGAAUUCUUCAGGAGGUCUAAGAUCGCCGUGUUUGAGAAGAUGUGGUCUUACAUGAAGGCGGCCGACCCGUCUGUGUUUGUCAAAACGACAGACGAGGGUGUCAUGAGAGUCAGGAAGUCCAAGGGCAAAUAUGCCUACCUGCUGGAGUCCACUAUGAAUGAGUACAUAGAGCAGAGGAAACCCUGUGACACUAUGAAGGUGGGAGGCAACCUGGACUCCAAAGGUUAUGGAAUUGCCACACCAAAGGGCUCCCAUCUCAGAAACCCAGUAAACCUGGCAGUGUUAAAACUGAACGAGCAGGGCCUCUUGGACAAAUUGAAAAACAAGUGGUGGUACGACAAGGGAGAGUGCGGCAGCGGGGGCGGGGACUCCAAGGUCAGAGCCAGUUUGAUAAACCCUGCGGGACAAGACCAGCGCUCUGAGCCUCAGCAAUGUGGCGGGAGUCUUCUACAUCCUGAUUGGAGGCCUGGGCCUGGCCAUGCUGGUGGCACUGGUGGAGUUCUGCUACAAGUCCAGGACCGAGUCGCGCCGAAUGAAGCAAUCCAUCAACGACGCCAUGCACUGCUCCACCCUGACCAGGAUGAGUGGCAACGGGAGCGGCGGAGAGAACGGACGAAUCCUCACCCACGACUUCCCCAAGACCGUUCAGACACUGCCCUGCAUGAGCCACACCGCCAGCAUGGGACUGGGUGCCUCCGGCAUGUGAUCAUCAUAUUACUAUGCUGGCGGCGAGGGGAUAGGCAGGGUGGGGCAGAAGAAGAAGAGCACAGGACUCUAAUAACCUCAAAAAAAACCAUAACAAAACCCAUGGCUGUCCGGUUUGACCCAUCUAUUCUCCCGGCUUUCCCAACUUGAACAAAAACUUACUGCCAAAACGGACUCUUAAAAACCGCUCCUCGCAAAUGAUGAACAGAGAAUCGCAACUUUUUUUUUCUUUUUUUUAGUAAGUGGGUGUUUGAAAAAUAGAUAUCGAAAAAAAGAAGGGAAACGUGCUGCAAUAAAGAAGUCGUCAACUGGGCGUGUUUUUGGACUUUUUUUUUUUACCGUGUUCAUUUAUGUGGAAAAAAAAGAGUUUUAUUCUUCAGUGUGACGCCUGCGCUGUGCCAUUUCGAUGGAGCUGUUGACGUUAGUCUGCUUGUGCAAUAUCUUCACCUCCACUGCUGACCUUGUACUACCUAGAUGCUUUCCGAUGGCUGAUGGAUCAUGUCUUUGCACAGAUGUGGCAGAGGAGGACAAACACUUGUGACUGCUACGAUAAUAUGAUGUUGUUUUCGGGAUGUCCCCACCUUCCUUCACUCUUACAUUUAUACUCCAUUUUUGAAGGACUAAGUGCUCAGAGUAGCAUAGCCAAUUUUUGUGAGAUAGUGGUUUACGCUAGAUUGAUAGCGCAGAUUAGUUCGUCUCACGUAUUUUUGAUUUGACUUACGUUUCGAUGACGGUUAAUGAUGUUCAAAUCAGAAGUUGUCCAGGCUACGACAAACAAGCAUUGCUGCUAGACGUCAUUGAACACAUCAUGCCUUGUCUUAGUGCCACAUGACCAUUUAAAUGCGGAACAUUGUACACAGAUUGAGUUUGAGUACUUACAUCGAUCAUCAAAGCAGUCAUUGGGCACAUUCAUAAAUGCUCACCUCAACCUGCGUCAAAAAGAGAAUGGAGAUGACACAAUGACACAUUAUCCUGUAUGUACAAUACUGAGUGACCUUAAACUGUAUUCUGCUGUUGUGACAUUCAUAGCAUAAUCACUGAUACACUGGACAGUCUUUUUGAAGACAAAUUUAGAGUUUAUCUACAGUUGUUGCAGCAUUGAUAUGUUUUGUUCAGUACUAAGCGAAAAAGCCAGAAAGCCGGCUUCCUCGCUGUUGCUAGCUAGCACAGCAAGGAGGGGGUGCGAUUGAUACACUCGAUGUGACUGACAGAUUUGGAGUUAGUAUUGCUAUUGGAAGUCAAGGUUAUGGUGAUCACUGCGCUGCUUGGCUCUCCCGAGUUCUCCCUUUCAGAUCACAUCAAGUAUCGAGGAAUCAGAGUGACAGGCCUGGGACAUUAGAGGGCAGAUGUGACAACGGGCAGACAUCCUAGGUUUGGCAUUUAGGCCCUAAAGUAAGAUUCCAUACCAGAGCAUUUCAGUACAUUUAACAUAAAACGACCGUCGGUGAUGCACUUUGCAUUUCUUGGGCCCAUUUUGUCACACACCAUGGUAAUUUAUAUUCUUAUGCAUUCUUAUGCAAGUGGCCAACGGCAGAAAACAAACCUUUAGCUAAUUCUGUGAUUUAAAACGGAAAGAUGAUGUAACAGGAGGGAAAACGAGAAACACUGGCAUGAUUCUAUAAUUUUAUUUUUUUCGUUUAUUGACAAUAAUUCCAGAGAUGCGAGGAUACCAACAAUUUUCGCUUUUGGUUUUUUUUCAUUAGAACAAUUUGAGUGUUUUGCUGCUGUCUGUACUAGUUUACAUGUUUGAUAUAGCCAGGAGAAAUGUGUUGUCACAUAUUUCAGUAUGAAGAUGUUUUAAUCAAAACACGAUGACAAUGUUGACCCCCGUCGCUCUCACAAGGCUCUGAUCAUCAAUAAAUCACAACGGGCCGAAACAGCUUUUGCUUAAAUCCCGUCUGUCCUCAAACCAACAUUUUACACACAAGUAAGAUAUUCAUGAAUAUUCUCAUGACAGUAGCAGUUAUAAUAACAGCGCACAUUUGUUUUCGUGUAUGAAAAUAGUUUUCAUAUAUGCAAACCAAUGAAUUGCCUCCAACCAUGUACCAACAAAUGACAGUCAGCUGUAAUUUUUUUCACAAAGUGCAUCACAUAUUAAAACCUAAUUUAUAUGUAUUUUUUAAAGGUUUAUUAGGAAAUAAUCCUUAAAGCAGUACAUUCAUUAAUAAUGUGGCUUUCCCACUUAUCCAGUAACUACGGGGAAUCACGUGUCCUUUUUUAAGCUUUCACCUCAGACAGUAAUAUUUCAAUUUUAUUUUUUUGAACAACUUCUACACUUUUUCUAUGAUAGCCCUCUCUGCAUUUUCUUUACAUAGAAAUAGAUAGAAAUAAUUGGUAGCACUAUGCUGACUGCAAAUAGCAGGAGGACCUGUUAUUUUAGAAAAACUGAGAACAUACACAUGGUGAUAAGAAAUGUAUUGGAUGUUGCGCUCUUAUCAUAAAUGCACAAAAGCAUAUAAGUGGAUAGGGUCCAGUGCUUUAGCUUUUUCCUUUUUUUCCUCCCCAGGCUUGCACAUUUUGCGACAAAUGCAUAAUGCCUUGAUCAUCCUUAGGAAUUUUGUGUUUUGCCAGCCUCUCUGAAGCAUUCAGUCCCAGUUUCUGGGUAUUAUUGCAGAAAAGGUGCAGGAUAAAGUGAAGGAAAUAUGCAGUAUUCUGAUUUGUUGUAUCGAAAUGAAAUUUCAGCAGGGUCAGGUGACUCACUGAUAUUUUUUAGGUAGUAUCAGAGCAAUAAGUUACAGUAUCAGACUUUGACUAGUUCAUUUUUGUUUUGAAAGAUUGGUAAUCUUAGCUGGUUUUGUUCUUUUCAUUGGAUUUGUCAACAAUAAU